AUGAAAUCGGUUGUGCCUGGUUUGCCUUCGGUCCAUCCAGCCCUCUUCCAGCAGCUGCAACAAGACAGCAGCACCACAGCAGUCCUAAUCAAUCAGGAUGCCCUGUUUUCGCAGCUGACACCGGCAACGGACUGGCGCCAGAAGUCCGCGCGCAGACUCAGCGUCCACUGCUCUUAUUCAUCGAAGCACACCGCCUUCGACACGACCACAGCCAUGCUGCGGAGAUGUGACCAACAACAGCACGACAUCGACAGCGACGCGGGGAGGGCAACGCACAUGGAUGAGGCACGCCAAGCCACAGCACCCAAGGUCAAGUGUACCCUCGAAGCAACAACAUCUGUUGGCAGCAUUCCUGGCAGCAGCAGCACCAUCUCAGCAACAACAGCAACAACACCCACCAAUGCAAACAGCACUGUGUACCGCGACCGUCCUGUCGAUAUCAACCAUGCACGUUGGCUCGCAAAAGACGCCUCGACAACAGCAGCAACAACAGCUACUGAGUGA